AUGAAAAUGAUAAAUAAGAAAAAUCUAUUUCCAUUUUUCGACUUGGCAUAUCAGGGAUUUGCGAGUGGAGAUUUGGAUGCUGACUCAUGGCCAAUUCGUUAUUUUGUUGAACAAAAUAUAGAACUGUUUGUCGCUCAAUCUUUUGCCAAAAAUUUUGGCCUUUAUAAUGAAAGAAUUGGAAAUUUGACGGUUGUAGUUAAUGAUCCGUCAGUGCUUCCUGCUUUUAAAUCUCAGAUGUCUUUGGUGAUUCGAGCGAAUUGGUCCAAUCCCCCAAGUCAUGGUUCGAGGAUUGUAGCUAUGAUACUUACAACACCUGCAAUGCGUCAACAGUGGCUUGACUCUAUGAAGGUAAAACCGUACAGUUAUGGGACAGUUAAUUUUCAAUAA